ACUGCUAUCUGUGUUCUCGCAUUGUGGAUUGUCUAUUGUCUGCCUUUUCUCUGCCUCUGUAAAUAAACCUCUGUUUGCUGUUUCGUCGGCUUCCCUUCCACGCAUAACAGAAUAACGGACCCCCGAAAGGGAAUAUAAGGACAAAAAGAGAAAAAAAAAAAAAAGAAAAAAAAAAGGACACGAUCGGAUUACCGCCGUGGUCCCGGCGUGAUUUGCACUUUGGCAAAAGGAUUCAAUUUGCCGCAAUGAAGCAGCCGCCAAGCUCCGCCUCUGGGAAAACCCAGAAAUCCGCAGCGCCAUGCCCCUAUGUCGACGUCAUGGAUUUCUCGACUCGCUUCUCCAGCAACAGAGCUGAAUGGGGUGGAUUUUUGCGGAGCGUGGAGCGGUAAGUGGAGUCAAAUCCGUCCAGCUUUCCGACGGAUCGCAAGGAUCGCAUUUCACAUUUCUCUACUGACGGGGGAAACCCUCAUUCUCACCAGAGAGUUGUGGAACGCGACUGGAGGGGAGUUCGGCUCAUGCGCCCGGUUCCUCCAGCUUCUUACCAGGGAACUCGGGAUGAUUACGGCUGAUCUCCAUCUCCUCUCCCCCACUUCCGAGAGCGCCGUUCUGCACCAGAGUUUCCAGGAGAUCUCUGCCCUGCUUCAGGCCCUCCAGGAAAGCUCCACUCCGCCUCAGGUUCUCCAAGGGAUCUCCACUGUGCUCCAGGCCAUCCAGGAUGGCGUCGUCCCACUACAGGACCUCCAGGAGCUCUCCUCCCUGCUCCAGAACCUCCGGGAUGGCUCCGCCCGCUCCAUGGCCUCAAGGAGAUCUCCGCCCCGCUCCAGGACCUCAAGAAGAGCUCAGCUCCGCUCCAGGUCCUCCAGGAGAGCUCAGCUUCACACCAGGUCCUCCAGGAGAGCUCAGCUCCGCUCCCCGAAAGCUCCUCUCAGUUCCAGAGCGGCCCCAAGAGCUCUGUUCCACUCCAGAGAGUCCCCGAGAGCUAAAGGGAAGACGAACCGCUGCCCCCGGGCUCCACUAAAGGCGACGGCUCGCCCCACAGUCCCUCAGAAGGCAAAGUCACACCUCCGAGUCCCUCUCUGGGUGAUGCCACGUCUCAGAGCUCCUCUCCAGGCAAAGUCAGGUCACAGAGCUCCACUCCGGGCGACGUCUCACUCCCGAGCUCCUCCCACGGUGACGUCUCGCUCCCGAGCUCCUCCCACGGUGAUGUCACGCUCCCGAGCUCCUCCCACAGUGACGUCUCGCACCCAAGCUUCUCCCACGGCGAGGUCUUGCUCCCGAGCUCCUCCCUCGUCUAUCCAUUCCAGGUCACCGGGGUGGUCGCCGCGCCAGUUCGGGUUUUCAUGGUGGAAAGGGCUCCGUUCUGAGCCUUCGUGGGGGAGGUCGAUCCGUUCCUGGUUUCCGUGGUAGCCGUCUCUCAGCUCCGGACCACCGCCGGAGGGCGUCUCUCUGCCUCUGCUCUCCUCCGUGGAUGGCACUCGUCCACGCUUUCCCAAGUGCUCUGAUGGAUAAUCUAUUGUCUGCCUUUUGUUUGCCGCUGAAAUAAACCUCUGUUUGCUGUUACGUCGGCUUCCGCCUCCCUUCCACGCAUAACAGCUACAUUGUUAGCGUUAUUGUGUUGCGUGAUCUUGUGCUAAUGUAAGUUUCAUGCAGCACCACGACAUGGAUGUUAUUCCCUUAAUUUAGGCAUUUUCUUUUUGUAAUCAUCGUCCUUAUCGAUCCCAAGACUGAACUCUAGGAGAAAUUGAUUUCAAAUGCACUUUUAAUAGUGCAUGAAAAAGACUAUUCUACUGUUUUAUAAUUCUUUUCUAAGAGAGUCAGAGAUUCAUGUAAGACCUGAGACAGAGCUUGACUUGGGUUUUUUCUGGGGGGGGAGAAAAGAAAAAAAAAAGUCUCCUGGGCAUUUGCAUUUCCUCUGAACAAAAAUCCUUCUGAAGCCUGAGAAGAAAGUAAAUGUGAUUGACAAUCUUUCUCAUCCUUGCUCAAUCAUACAAAGGUAUUGAUUCGGUUGCUCAGGCCUCAGCAAAGGGAAUUAAAUACAGUAACUCAUCAAAGUUGACUGUGACUAUGUGAAAACUCUCAAUCCCCGCUCGGAAAGUCCUUCCUUCAGCCUAGAGGUCAUCAGACUUGCAUUUUUAAUCCACCAUUAACAUAAAGCCAUAAAUCAUUUCUGAAAAGAAGCCAACUUGGAAUUACGAUGACCUUAGAAACAUGGUGACCUACACGGACUGAGCUAAAAGAAACAUGACGGCAAGGCAUGGGUGAAGAUGGUAGGGGAAAAGAAAAGGUUCGCAACCCUGCCCUGUCUGACACAGCAGUUCCUGAAUAGAUACAAGCCCCGUAAAUGGCACGUUUUGAUGACGCGAUUGCUGGCAAGAUGUUUAGAAGUUGAUGAGUGGAAGGCGUCUCCGGCGUGCCUGCAAGUCUUUGAGACCUUUGAAUCUCUGAAGUUACUGACACUGAGCCCUUGAGAUCUGGACUCUGGAUCAUCGGAAGCCUGAAGUGAACUGUUUUAUCAUAUUAAUCUGAAGAAUCUGUGCCCUUUCGACCCCUUCUCUUUUUUCUUUUUUUUUUUUGCAUUAAACUUGCAUCUGUGGUGAAAUACAGCUGAGACCAGACCACUUCAAGAUUGUUUGUUCAUUAACAGGAAACUAAUGGGUUUUUGCUGAUGUUGUUGUUGUUGAUGAUGUCCUUAACUAUUAAUUAAUAAGAUUAAGAUAGCUAAUAAUACAUUUUUGUCUUCCUGUCAGUAUGAAUCCUGUGUGAAACCCUACUGCUAGAUGGACUUUAUUAUAAACAUUUAGCUGCAGUGGAUCAGGGCAAAACCAAUGCCCAUCAGUGAACAGCUCAUAUCUUCAACAACGAUGGAUCUGUAAUAAAUCUACGUUUGGUGAUAACUACGUCGAUGGAGUCCCUUUUGAGUCUGGUUCUUCUGAAGGUUUCUUCCUUGCUACUGUUGCCAUUGGCUAACAAUGCAUUUGAGUAUCACACCUCUAAAACCUGCGUGCACGGUCAACUUCCUGCCAAUCGACCAAUCAGAGAUGAGGAUAUGGGCAUGGUUAUGAAACCAGGAGGUGGGUCCUGUGCAAGGUGGUCUAAGGAAAAUGUACUUCGUGGUGCAGAAACGCAUCGGAUGAUAAAAAGGAUGGGGGAAAAAAAAAAAGGAAGAAAAGGAGCUUUUCAUAAAGCUACAGCUAAUUAGCGGAGCACACGCCUCAAGUUUCAAAGCAACUGCUCUUUACUGAUGAACUGUUCGGAGCGCUCGUAUCAGCACGGAUCGCCGCCUAAACAACUGGGGGAAGAAAGCAGCAGCUUUGGCCAACAGCAGGAAGUCUUGUUUGUUCCUCAACCAACUCCACACCUGCUGGCACUAAAUGUGUUCGCCCCGCUAAUCGUUCCUCCUCCCUGAGAUAACGGCGAGCACACGCAGGUUUGCUUACCCGCCGGGCGAAAACGGCGGCAGAGCGAGGAUCAAUCUGCAUGCCCAGUUUUUCAUAUUCAUGCCAAAAAUUCACAGUUUAGCAAACAAAAAGAAAAAUAAGGGAGAAAACAGACACUGAAGAACCAUUGCAUGAAUUAACAUUAAAUUAACAUUUUGGAGAAUUUGAUCAACAAAACUCUCGUACAUCUCGUGCAUCCCUUAGCAGACAUCCACUUCAUUUCGGUUCGGAAAAUGCGUCAACAGUUUCCGCCCAAUCAGAUAAGGGAAUUCUGCAAGGCUGUGAUUAUUCACAUGGCCCCAGAAGAAAGCCUCAAAUUUGACAGCGCAUUUAAAGGCGGAAGACAGAAACAGACAUGAAGACACGACCGAACCGAGUUCGCAAGAUGAAAACAUGUACGUUUGCUGAUACACAAUGUUAUUGGUACUAAUCGACUGUUGCAGCAUUCCUUCAAACACUUCUCUGGAUCUGUAGAAACCUGUAGGACCAGUACACAUGAACUCAAUGGGCUCCUGAUAAGUAUAACACACAUCAUAUGCUCUCCUGCACAGAUGUUGAAAUGAUGACUGUAUUCACUACAAAACAUUUCCCCACCAGAUGGAUAUUUGGCUUAAAUGUAAGCAUGCAUGGCUAAGUGAUGAUUGUUUAAAUGUUUUUAAACUUAUAGGUCUCGAAACUGGUAGUCAACCCCUUCCAUCUGAUCAGACUCCAGAAAUACAGUACUUAGUUGUAUCAACUUCUGCUUUUAGUUAUUAAUUGUAUAUUUUUUUGUUUCCCAGAGGUAACUCUGAACACGGUGAUGGAGCUCCACAGAACGAAGUGCUAAAAGAGGUUUGAGAGCAGCCGCUGUCUGCGCUACAGCAUAGAUCCUUUCAUUAAAGAGAGAACACUAGGGACACGCGCUGAUGAGGAUGGAUGUCUGGCCGGCAGGCAGGACGAGAGCUUCUCAACUAACCUCCAAAACAUGCCCGGAGUGUCAAGAGCAAUCUCGUGUCGACUCGAGUAGGGAACAUGAGUAAACCUGCGCUAAUUUCCUGAAAGAAAAGAAGAAAACCAGGAAAAGUUCCGAUUCAGGUGCGCCUAUGGUUUGGAUCAGUGGCUCCGGAGUGAUUAUAAAGCCUCCUGUGAGAGGUUCAGCCCCCAUGCAAUUAAAUCGUGCUGUUGGCUUAUAAAUGAGGAAAUCGUCAGAGUCUGGUUUUAAAAAGAAGAGUCAGGAAUUUGCCUUGGGCGCUUUUCACAUGGUUCAUUACUUCUCUACCAUGUGCCGUGAGUGGGAAAUGGAAGCUCAUAUAGGCUUUACUACUUGAAGGAUAAAGGAAAUGCUGGUGCAUCAGUCAAAACAAAAACAAGGCAAGAUUUGAAAAGUCAUGGCUGCAUUAGACAUAUGAGGUAUUAAAUUGAACACCAUAUUUGCCUCCAUAAUGUUACAUAUAUACUGCAUACAGUUUGUUUCUUCACUAGUUGGAGAUUUCUUUCUGAUCUUGCAUUCCAGUUCCUCCCAAAGCAGUUCAAUAGGAUUCAGGUGCAGUGACUGGGCAGGCCAUUUAAUGAGCCAGAUGCCACUGAUGUAAAUAAAAGAUUAGCUUUUCACAAACACUGUAUAUGUAAUAUUGUGAUAUAGAAACAUUUACUCCUUAAAAUCUACUGUGCAUUAUUAACAAUAUGUUUUGCAACAUCUUGCUGAUCCUGACAAAUGCGCAAUAAUAGCUUCAAAGUAAACGCGUGUUGAUUAAGGAUCCUGCUUUCCGUACUUUCUCUGGAGGCUUUGGAAAGCUUGGGGUGCACCUUCAUGCAGCAAGCUGCAUGAUUUAACCUGCUGCUGUAGCACCGUUGCAAUUUGGGUCGAACAGAUGCUGGGUUUAAUGGAGCGCCCUGGCCAGUCUUCUCCUUCCCAAAAGUCUUCAAAUGAGCUCUGCAGGUAAUGUAGCAUGGACGGAAAUGCUUCUGCUUCCUGCUUCUGAAAGGAAAUAUGUUGUAAGGCAAAACAUGCAAAACAUAUGCUCCUAUGCACGUGCCCUUGCCAUGAAAAACCCUCGUCAUUGCACUUCCAAAUGGAUCAGAAAGAAACCCGACAGAAUUCAAUGCUACCAAUUUUAUCGUGUGGAAUUGUAGAGUAUAUGAUGCAUAUUUUUGCACUCAAAUACAUAAUGAUUUAACUUGUAUUAAAGUUACACACUGUGCCUUUCCCUCAAACAUUUCUAUAUAUAAUUUACAGUUUAUUCUACUAGUUUUGGUAAUACUGGUUGUUCCAGGGCUGAUUAAGGGGAGUCACAGCAGUACUUAUGCAACCAGGAAAUUUCUUAUUUGUGAGAUUUUUGCAGCCCCAUUUCAUUAUUAAAGAUCUACUUUGUGUAAAUGUGUCACAUAUAAUCCCAAUUAAAACCAUUUCAGUUUUCAUAGUAAAUGAAGUUCAAGGAGGUGAAUACUUCUGCAAGGCACUGCAUGGAUAAAAUAAGAAUUGAGACGUCAGAUUUGUGUAUGGUGAUACGAUUGAGUCAUUUAUAGUGCAUAAAUAAUUGCCUUUGAAAGAGUACUGAUUUUUGUAAUUCAGAUUUUGCUUGAAGCUGGAACAGGAGAUGUGUAGAUUAACGUUCAGCCCAGUCCACCACGCCAAUGUUUCUCUAUGCCUUAAGAAGAGAGCAGGUAGGUACUGUCAGCACACGCUCAGUACCCUGAACGGCCCAUUUAUCAUUCAAGGGCUGGUAUGAUACUAUUAUUUAUAAUGAGUUCUCCAGGACACAGUGAUCUUCAGGAUAGAGCACUGUGCACAUUCUGGUUUCUCAGUAAUAAUAUAACAUGUUGAAUUGUUGUCUAAUUAGUUUUAAUGAAGUAGGAAAGAGGGAGAGGAAAGACUUUUAAUAGCUGCUACUCCAUAAGCAGCUUCAUUGCCAAAUUAUGCGAAAGGAGAACAAUCAAUUAGUCAAAUAAAUAAGAAAGGCCUUAAUCAUUGCAGAUUCACCACCAUGCUUUUAUCACUGGUAAAAAAAAAAUGUGUUUGUUGAAGAUGUUGUGCCAGCAGUGAGCGGGUAGAGGUGGAGGGCGGAGCCGGACAGAAUGAGCGGUAAGAAACACCAGCAGCUGAUGAGACUAAUAAGUGCAUUUGGUUUCAUCCAGCGACGCCAAUUAAGAGGAGCGAGACACCAGCCUCAGGGAGAGACACCAAGCAGAGACAAGCGGGAGAAUCGGCGAAUGGUGACUAAGCACGGGCAGGCGCCGGAGAAAGACUACUGCCCAGCGAGUGCACUUGGGCGGAUGCUAGUAAAAGGUGUGCCAGUCUGUGUGGAAAAUCGGGCGAGCACUGAGGAGAGAAAGAGCGAUGAUCCGCGAGUGAGACGGGCGGACAUCAAAGAGAAAAGGCGCCCAGAACCGCGAGUGUGUGCGUGAGCCCCAGCGUGUGUUCUGGAUAGGAAAGCACCAGGUGAAAAUUAAAGUAAAUAAAGAAAGCUCUGCUUGGUGAACUUAGUUUGUCUCUUUUUCUUUGCCACGGAGGGAGCAGGAGCAGGCCAAGGAGGAGUGCUGCAGCCGACGCUGAGCGAGAUGGGACCAGUGGCGAAAAUGGCCACUCCACCAUCUGCCACGCCUCUCCUGGGACGUCCAGAUGCUGCUGUACCCAGGGACAGGCAGCUUCUCUCCCUCUCUUCCAUUCCUCCUCUCCUUCUCCACUGACCAUCCCCACCCAUUCACCAGCUCCUCUGAAUCUGGGAGCACUUUCCACCACCUUCUGCCUCUUAUGCCCGGUGGGCAUUGUGGGGUCCGGUGACGCCAAUAAAGAGGAGAGAGACACCAAUCUCCGGAGAGAAAGCCACCAAGCAAAGAUGAGAGGAAAGGCAGCCGAAUGGCAACUGAGUGCAGACAGGCACCAGUGAAAGAAGGUAAAUGGACUCGUGUGGAUGCCCUGUUUGUUUAUUUACACCAAACCUGAAAAAAAGCAAAAACACAGAAGAAGGAAAUUCUCUAAAAGAACAGGAGAUAUGUUAGCAGACUGCCACACUGUCACAAUGCAAGCUAAAUUGUUUUGGGUUUGUUUUUCAAGCUUGGAGACUUAUUCUGAGUGAAAGGAAUACUAACCACCAACAUGGUUACCAUUCUAUACUUCAACACCAUGCAAAUCCGGCUGGACUGCGGCUCACUGAAACCGACCUCAUCAUCCAACAAGACAAUGAGCCGAAUCGUACAUUUAAGCUCUGCAAAUGUUAUUUAGAGAUCAGUCAUCUGGAGUGUUAUUUUCAUGGAAUUACCUGCCCAGUCACCGCACCUAAAUCCUAUUGAACUGAUCUGAGAAAUCCUCAACUAGUGAAAAAAACAAUUGGCAAGUUUUACAAGAGGCAUCACUGUAUUUCAGCUGAAUGUUUGGAGAAACAACCUGUCCGAAUGCUAAGAGUGUGUAAAUCUGUUUUUCAUGCUAGGGGAGGAUUUUUUCAAUGGAAAUAAAGUAGAACAUCUGGACAUUUAUGUAGUUGUUUAGUUGCAUUAUCGAGGUUGUUGCAUAGAAACAAAAGUAACAUCAAAAAACCAUAAAUAACCUUUUCCACCCUUCAGUGCUUCUAGAAAUCCCUUUAUUGCUCCAAAAUUACCUAAAGGUUAUCGACAUUUGAAAUUAGCCUUUAAAAUAAAGAAAAAACAAAGUCAGAUUAAUUGGCUUUCUCGCGUCAUGUCAUGCAUAUUUUAAACACCUUUCACUCACCAGUUGUGAAGCCUGAAGCUGUAACCAUAGCUUUCAUCUGGAGAUCAAGGCGAAGAAAAGUGACCUUCAUGUCAGUAUUGAAUCAAUGAUUGAAUGAAUGAAUGAAUGAAUGAAUGAAUGAAUGAAUGAAUAAUUUGGAGCAAUGAGCAGUUGCAUGGCCUGUUGUGAGAAACAGCACGGUUAAAUCGACUGAUAUCAGGGGAAAGAGAAGGAUAUCCAAGUUGUAAACAGGACGUGCUGGUUGAGUGCUAGACAUUCUUUCCUGGUAACUGGAAUGUUGCAUUAUUACAUCUGUGGACAUUUAAAAAGUGAUUGUUUUAAGCUUUUUACAAGUAUAUUAACCUUCUACUGCUAGGAGUUCACCUUGAGAUGUAUUCAGUCUCAAAGUCUGUACCGGAUAUACAGCUGGGUAGUAUAACGUCCUGAAAGUUUAGCAUGACCAAGGCAGAGUAUGUUUGCUGACACUACCUACAGCUACUGACUUGCCUA